AAGCAAGCUAUUGGUCUUGGUCUCGGUCUUUGCUCGUCGCAACUUUCAACCCCGAAAGCUCUUCCUGCAAUCUGAGACUUGAUCUUGAUGGGCCCUUGUGUUAAUAACGGAGAACCUGCCAUGGACACAAAUCACUGGGGAACUCAAUUGCCAUCUAAUGCACGACAGAAGAUCGUCAACAAGAUAUUGGAUACACUAAUGAAACACCUUCCAUAUUCUGGACCAGAAGGGAUUAACGAGCUCAAAAGAAUUGCUGCCAGAUUCGAGGAGAAAGUUUUCAGCCGUGCUGUUAACCAGACUGAUUACCUCCGGACAAUAUCCUUGAAGAUGCUGACUAUGGAGACUAAAGCGCAAAACGGAGCUGGUUCCUCUUCUUCUAUCCCUGCUGAUAGUAACAGUACCAACUUAGCUUUGGAUGAACUGGACAAUUUCAAGAUUAAUAAUGGCAAUGUAGAGCCUUUUCUCAUGAAGGAAGAACCAGCCAUAAACUCAGGUGACUGGAGAACUCAACUGCCACCGGUUUCACGCCAGAGGAAUGUUGACAAGUUAAUGGAAACACUGAAGAAACAUGUUCCGUAUUCAGGGCAAGAAGGAAUUGAAGAGCUCAGGAGAAUUGCUAUCAGCUUCGAGGAGUUAAUUUUCAACACUGCUGUAAACAAGGUGGAUUACUUUGGCAAAAUAUGCUUAAAGAUGCAGACUAUGGAAGAGAGCGACUAAAGUAAAAUUGCGUUGAAGUGGGGGGGGGGGGGUGUUUGGAACUUUCAGGCGAUUCCAUAUUUGUAUUGAUAAUAUUUAAGAAGAGAGUUUGAAAACCUCCAAACUUUAAAGGCAUGAAUAAAAGAAUGUUAGUCCAGUUUGUAUAAUCGGUAACGAUGAUAUAUAUUUCUUGCGGAGGAAGCCUCGCCUUGCUCUCUUUCAUGUUAUGUAAGGCUUGUAGUCCUCUUCUGGUUGUAUGUGAAAGCAUUUUAGUUACCUUCCUCCUGUUUAGUACUACUAAUGUUCAGUGUACACCACAUUCAAGAUUGUUUUAUAGUUCGACGAUCUAUUUCUC